AUGGCAACCUUCGACGCGGCCGUCUCCGGCCCGGACGCGGUGCCCGACCUCCGCCUCGCCGCGCACCAGUACAAUCAGCUCCUCCACCUGCUGGCCUCCGUGGACGGCACCGUCUUCCCCGUCCACCCGGCCGCCGCCGCCGCGCGGCGCGUGUUCGCCGGCAUGCUGGAGGCCAGGGCGCCCCCGUCUGAGGCCACCAUCACCUCGCUCACCUGCGUCGUCGCUGCAGACGCCGAGGGCGCCUACGAAGCCUUCAGGCUCGUCUCCUCCAUGCGGCAGAAGUACGGCAUCGUGCCGCGCCUCCGGACGCUGGCCCUAUCCCACGCCGCUGGAGGCCCUCGCGGCCGCUGGGAGCCGGGGCGCGUUCCUCCACAAAACCUUGAUCUGGAGCUUCGACGACGCAGGCCUCCAUGUUGGGCCGAGGAGGAGAAGAAGGGGAAGAAGGGGGGCACAUCGGAGGUGCCGGUCGAGCGUGCUAUCGAGGACGUUGAUGACGGCAGCAUGGGCGAGGCCGGGGAGGAGAUCAUGGUUGAUGCUUUACCGCCUGAAGUUGUUGACCUGGAACAAGAGGGUAAGGUGGAUGUGAGAACGGAAGCGCACGCCGUGGUGCAGGAUGUCGUGGUGUCCGAAGCACAUGAGGUGCCGGAACCAGAGGUGAAGAGUGAGGAGGUGGUGGUCCGAGACACAACCAAGGUGCAUCCUGCGCAUCAACCAGAGACGAAGGCCGAUGAGGUGCUGGUCAGGGAUACGGACACGGCUGUUGUGGUGCAGGAAAUGGAAGCAAAGGGUGAGGUGUCACGGUCUCGUGAGGCAGCUGGUGCGCAGACUACAGAGUAUGAUGAUUGCAUUAAGGAUUGUGAUACGGUUGUUGAGAGGGGAAGAGAACUUCAUGCUAACUGUGCUGACUUCAAGAUGGUCUCAAGGGCACUGGCAAGGAAAGCAACUGCUCUUGUCAAACUUGCCAAGUCUUCCAAAGACUACGAUGUUGCCAUUGAUUCCAGAAGGCUCUAA